AUGCUUUCCUUCCAGCAAGUCAUCAACUACACUCAGAACACCUUGAGUUCUAUGCCUCCGGGCUACUUGCCCAAAUGGCUUCUGUUCAUCUCUGUUGUAUCUGCUUUCAACUCAGUCCAAACCUACAUUUCUGGCUUGGAAUUGACUCGCAGAGUUUACGAACGUAAGCCUCAAGAAACCACCAAGCUCAGUGCUAGAACUUUCGGAACUUGGACCUUCAUCAGUAGUGUGAUUCGUCUGUAUGGUGCGUUGUACCUGAACGAAGAACACAUCUAUCAAUUGGUUUGUAUCUCUUAUUUGGUGGCAUUGGUUCAUUUCGGUAGUGAAUUACUGCUCUUCCGCACCUGCAAGAUCGGCAAGGGAUUCAUGGGUCCAUUGCUGGUGUCCACUACUUCUUUGACCUGGAUGUACUUGCAAAAGGAGCAUUAUACAGGUAAGGCGUGGUAG